AUGCGAAGACGUCGCCGAUUCCUGGCUCUUCUAUUCAUUUUCUCCGCCUUCAUCACCCCGUUGGGCUUUUUUUAUCUGACGAUCGCCAGUGAGAAUCGAGUGAGUUUUUGAGAGAGAGAGAGAGUGAAAAUUUAAUUUUCAGCACGACUUUCCCGAAUUGUCGGCUCGAAUCGGCUUCCGAACGGAUGAAGUGCGCGAGUCUCACGAGCAAAAAGCAGCGUUCGAUUUCAGGAAAUUUUCAGAGGACGGUAAAGGCGGUCCAAGUCAAAAUAGGCCUAAAAAUGGGAUUUUGAGAAUGUCUGGCAUUUCCGAAAAAUUGCGAAAUCGACUAUCCGGACUGUGCGAACAAGAUGAACUGGAUACGCAGUGGAUGGAAGUGGGUUUUUGAGAAAAAAAAAACAAUUUUCAAUGAACUUUAACAAUCCGUCUAAUUCCAGAACUCACAAAUGCUACGCGGACAAUCGAGUCGACGGCUCCGAGUGCUCUUUUCGAUUCUAUCUGUCGCACGUCGAACGUUAUUGUCCGCCGAUGGACGCGAAACGGAUCGGGAGGAGUGUGGCCAAGGUACCGCCGACUUGUAGACUUCAUAUGGGCGUGGCCUCGGCGGCCAAAUGGCGUUUUCAUGAAUUGAGCACGUUUUCUCUGAUUUUUGUCGUCAACGGCGAUGAAAAAUGCAUGUUCGACGUGAAAACACACUAAUUCUCACAGAAUUAAUGACGUUUGGCGCAUUUUUCGCGGAUUUCGCGGAUUUCGCUUUUUCGCCUUCGCCGCACUUCUCAUUUUGCGCUUUCUUGACCGUUUUCCGACAGAAUUGGUUUUGAGAAUGAUAAAUCACGUAAAUACAAGCAUUUUGAGCGCUCGAACCGCGAAAAUUACCGAAAAGCAACUGAAAUUCACGCAGUUUUAGCCAAAAACCUUCAAACGGAUAAAUGUGAUUUGCGACUUGACCAAAUUUAACGCUCUUGCGCUUAAAAAAUUUUUAAUAGCCUAUACAAUUGGUCCAUCGAGAGAAAAAUGAGAAAUUAUCGAUUUUUCGUGGCUAAUCGGGCGAAAAACACAAAUUUUGCUGUUAAAAUUUGAAUUUCGCACCAAUGUAUCGCUCUUAUCGAUUUUUCUUUAAAAAUUCGUGAUAGCCUAUACAAUCGGUCUAAAUUAUCGAUUUUUCUUUAAAAAUUCGUAAUGGCCUAUACAAUCGGUCUAAAUUAUCGAUUUUUCGUGGCUAAUCUGGCGAAAAACACAAAUCUUGCGCUGUUAAAAUUUGAAUUUCGCGCCAAUGUAUCGCUCUAUUGGGCGGGGGCGCAAUUGCGCUCAUUGUCAGCUCUGGACUUGUUUUCGGGAAAAUGUCGAAAAGCUUCCAGAUGAGCCCGAGCAUUCGACGUCUUUUGCCGAUUCUGGACAGUGUGCCGCACUAUAUGAAGACGAGAAUCACGAGAUUGUGGAACAAGUGGAAGGAAGGAGCACGUGAAGUUGUGGAAAAGUUCCGCGAAACGAUGACGGACCGCAGAAAGCUGAAUGUAAUUUUGUAGGCCAUCGCGCCGCGCGCUCUACCGCACUUUUUUCAGGUCCUAGUAUUCAUCGGCUUCCUGGCGAAUGAACAAAAACUCAAUUUGGCGAAGAAAUCCGACCACGGCGGGCCGCUAGGCGAACUUCUUCAAUGGUCCGAUCUUCUCGCGUCGCUAUCGAUUAUCGGUCAUCGUUUGGAGGUUUCGAGCGAUAAAGACGACUUGAGAAGGUAUGUACGUGUCGGAUCCUAGGCCAUUGGGGAAAAAAAGAAACUAGUCCCCGACUUGCAGAAUAGUUUGGAAGUACCAGAGCCGCGGACCGUGUCAGUUUGUGAACGGAACGCGCCAACACUUGGACAUUAUUUUCACCGAUAUUAUGGGUCUCAACAUUUUGCGACAACAUCAUCGACAGUUCUUGGCCGCCAAUCGGUAUUGGGAGCCUAGCAGAAACGCCUAAAAAACUGAAAAUAAAAAUUUCAGGUGUCGAAUGCGACUCCUGGAUUCGUUCGGAACGCACGCCGAGUUCACCUCGAAGGCCUAUUUUCUACAGAACAAGAAACGGCUUUCGGGCCCGAUUUCGGCCCGAAAUCCGUGGGGCGGACACGGUCUAGACCUCCGACAACACUGGACUUUCUAUCCGCACUCUGACGACAACACCUUCCUGGGUUUCGUCGUCGACACCGAAGGAAUUGCGAAUGUUACAAAAGAGCAAAAGGGUCAGCCGAGUGCUCUCGUGUACGGAAAAGAGCAGUACAUGUGGGCCGAGGCCGAGAAGCCCAUGCAAGUGCUGAAAAGACACGUGGCAGUGCACGCGACCGUCGCCGACAUCAACCGAAACGAGGGAAACACGAGUCGCGCGCUCGCCGACGUCAUCAAUCACGGAUUUUUGAAUUCGCGGCAAAUCGCCGAGCUGCUCGAUCGCACGACCAUCUUCUUCGGGCUCGGAUUUCCGCUCGAGGGACCCGCGCCGAUGGAGGCCAUCGCGCACGGCGCCGUUUUUAUUAAUGCCCGGUUUCGAGAGCCGAAAUCCAGAAAGAACUACAAGUUUCUUGCGGAAAAGCCGACGUUGAGAGAGGUCGGUGGCCGCGAAACCCUAAAUGACGUCUUACUUAGUUAGAUACUCGAAAAAGUCCGUUGUGCACGCAAAUGGCCUAGAAACCCACGUGUUCACGGCGCGGCUUUCGCAACAUACGCAGCCAAAUGGUAUGCAUUUUUGCGCGUCGGUGUGGCUCUGCGUACAGUGCAUUUUAUGUUACGCGCAAAGUUCUUUUUUUUUAGUUGCUGAUGAAUUUUCUCCAAAUAUUCAUCUCUUUAAAGCGUUUUUCUCCACUUUCUACCUCAAUUAGACCUUUUUACAGAUUCCAGAUAAAGUAAUACGCGAAGAGAAGUCGAUGCGAUGAAAAGAAACGCGUAAGUAAAUGGAAGUAAUGUUUUAUUCAGAAAAUAUACGAUUUCUCGAAAAACGUCUCUAGAUCUUCUAAUCUUUUGAUUUAAAUAGUUCACUAACAUGACUGUGAAUGUUUUCGAAUAAAAAAAAAGUAGAGUGACAGUUCGUAGAAGCAAAAGAAAAAAAUUUCAAUGAAAUUUCACUGUUUUCCGGCAAACUAUCGAUUUUUCCGCGAAACCGAGCUGUCACUCUACUUCUUUUUGGUUCGAAAACAUUCUCAGAAAUGUAAGUAAAGUUUUUUAACCAAAAGAUUAGAAAAUCUAGUCACGUUUUUCGAGAAAUCGUGCAUUUUCUGAAUAAAACCUUACUUUCACUCACUUACGCGUUUCUUUUCAUCGCAUCGACUUUUCUUCGCGUAUUACUUCACCUGGAAUCUGUAAAAAGGUGUAAACGAGGUAGAAAGUGGAGAAAAACGCUUUAAAGAGAUGAAUAUUUGGAGAAAAUUCACCAACAACUAAAAAAAAUGAACUUUGCGCGUAACAUAAAAUGCACUGUACGCAGAGGAACAUCGGCGUGCAAAAAUGCACAGACUGAGGAUCAAACGUUUGGUGAACGUUGCAAAAGCCGCGCCUUUGGUCCAAUUUAAUGGCCUAGCUUUUUCGUUGAUGACCUAGAAACCCUGGCCGUGACCUACAGGACUAGCUUCCUCUUUGGUGGCCUAACUUUUCCUAUUUUCACCCAUUUGCAGUGGACAAGUCAAAAUCCGUACAUGGAGAUGAUCGGCGAACCGCACGUGAUCACGGUCGACAUUGAAAACGAGCAGGAACUGGAGGAGGCGAUCCGCAAAGCGAUCAACCUGAAAGUAGGUGACGACACUUUGCAACCACGACCGACAUUUCGCAACCGGCGCUUUCAGCCGCCGCCACUCGUGCCGUUCGAGUUCUCGCCGGCCGGAAUGCUGCUUCGAGUGGCCGUUCUCCUCGAGAAACAGGAACUUUGCGAUCGGCAGGCGAUGCGAAAGCGUUGGCCGCCCGUCGACCAGAUGACGGUAACCGCGGCGCUUAUUUUCGGUUUUCUAGGCCAUCACUUUCAGCUCCUCAAGACGUCAAACUCGAAGGAAUCGUGCGAGAUGACGUGCCGCAAAAAGAAUCUGCUCUGCGAACCGUCCUACUUCCCGAUCAUCAACAAUAGUUCGAUUUUGACGAGGUACGUGUCGACGCAAGAAUCGGUGUUAAAGCAAAAUGUAAUUCAGAGAAUUCUCGUGCUCGUCGAUCACCUCCUCCUCAUCGCCGCUGGCUCCGUUCAACUGCACCGUCCAACUUUCGCCGUCGCUUUUCAGUUGUGCAUCGAGGACCACUUCCACUCAAAUCGUCCGCCUUUGCCCAUGUCGGGACCAUCUUCCACAACAACAUGCCAUUUGUAAAAAGUGCCUUUAA